AUGGUUCUGCUCACCGAAGUAAGUACGAUACUCGAUCUGUGUUUUUAGUACGAUACUUUAAUAGUUGAUUUAAAAUUUGAGUUUGACUUCUAGAUACAGUACCUUAACUUAAGGUUGCGAUAGAUGAAAGUUUUAUCUUAAAAUCAUUCUAAAAGCUUACAGAGAGCAGGAAAGUACAAUAUUUAAAAUAUAAUUGGUGGGUAAAAUUUUUAAAUUCUCAAAAUACUAAAUAAAAUAAAAAAAUGUAUAAUGCAGUAAUGUGACUCCAUAAAAAUUGUUAAAAUAUUAGUACUAAUAUUAUAAACCAAAAAUAUCUUUAAGCUCAGAGUAAGCAAACAACUUAAAAUAGGGUAGCAAACUGUUUACAAUGACGACAAUUGAGAUUUAAACUCUAAAUUUAAAAUUUCAAAAAAGGAAUUUUACUACACCAUUCAGGGGGACUUCGUGUGGAUCCCGAGCCCUUCAGAUGCCACAGUUUCAACUCCAAUUGGAGCUGAAGUCAUCGACGUUACAAACGCCAAAGGAAUUCAAGUAAUCGACGAUGAAGACAGAGUAAGUGUACUACAACCAAAUAAUGCUAUUACUUUUUAUAACUUUGAAACUAGUCAUUACUUUAACUUAUGUGUCUUAUAACACUAUUUUAAAUUAUUCUUACAACAUUUCAGCGCUUGUUCUUGACCCCAGAUGUCUUGAUUCGACUGAUGCAUCCAAAGUCGAUUCUAGGAGUUGAAGAUCUGACAGAGCUAGAAGACAUUCAUGAAGCCGGGAUCCUAAGAAACCUUCUAGUCCGCUUCAAACAAGAUCUGAUAUACACGUACUGUGGAGACUGUCUCAUAUCUCUGAAUCCUUACAAGAACCUGGACAUCUACAACCCCUCCUUCAUGAAAUGUUACCGUAACCGGCGAAUCGGAGAGUUAGAACCCCACAUCUACGCAAUUGCAGAAGCAGCUCAUAAGAAUCUAUUCGCAACCCGUUGCGACCAGUCGAUUGUGAUCAGCGGAGAGUCGGGAGCUGGGAAGACAGAGAGUUGCAAGCAUAUCAUCAAGUACUUGAUGGUCAACAACAACUCCCAGGUCGAGGAGCAGAUUCUGAUGUCGAACCCGUUGAUUGAAGGUAAUAGGCAAUGUUAUAAAGCAUAUUUUGAUGACUAUGUUAACAUGAAAUUGUAACUUUUAGCCUUCGGAAAUGCCAAAACCUUGAACAACGAAAACUCAUCCAGAUUCGCCAAGUUCAUCCAGCUCUACUUCAACGAGUACGGAGCCAUAGAAGGGGCAGAGAUAACACAGUAUCUCCUCGAGAAGUCAAGAGUGAUCAGCCAUUCCACUGAAGACACCAACUUCCACAUCUUCUACUUCAUGUUAAACGGAAUGAGUCCAGAUGCCAAGAAGACAUUACACUUGACCAGGACUGAUGACUACUUCCUGCUGAGCCAAGUAAGGGUACUGUAACUUUAUAUUACUCUCUAGGGUAACACAGCAGAGAUGGAGAAGCAAGAGGCAGAAUACAAUGUCAUCAUCAACUGCUUCAAGAAGCUGGGGUUUGAGGCAGCAGUUGUGCAUCAGAUAUUCCAAUUACUCUCGGCUAUCCUCAACCUAGGCAACCUGGAUUACCAAAGUAAGUUUGUCGUUUUGGUAAAUAAACUAUGAGCGUUUCAGCCAAAGUAACACGAAAUGUAGAAACUACAGAGUUGGCCGACCCUGAACAAGUUACUGUAGUCUCGGAGCUACUUAAUGUAAGUUGUCUUUCAUGGAAAAACGUUGUCACUUCUGUUUAAUAAAAUAAGAUGCUCUAGGAUACGAAUACUAUUAUAACGUUUGGCAUUACACAGAACGCAAUAAAACGCAGACGUACAUUAUUUUAAAUUGUAGGUAGACGAAGCCGAGCUCUCCAAAGUUCUUACAGCUACAUCAAUGACGAUACGAAGUGAGACAGUAACCAGGAAUUUGACCGCCCAGCAAGCCAUUGACAGCCGAGACAGUCUUAUCAAGAAUCUCUAUGCCUAUAUAUUCCAAUUCCUUCUAAAACAAAUCAAUGUUGUGUUACAGCCGGCUUCAGAUGCUAAAACAUUCAAGAAGCUGGAUAUCUUAAACAUCUUCGGCUUCGAGAAUCUGAAGCAGAACAGAUUCGAGCAGUUCUGUAUCAACUAUGCCAACGAGGUGUUGGAACAGCUGUAUGUGAGACACAUGUUCAAGCUGGAGAGGUUGGAGUACGAAGCUCAGAAGAUUGCCUGGAGUCCUCAAACAUUCGACGAUAACGUAGCUGUCCUCGACCUACUGGCCAAUGGACCUUUGUCACUCAUGUCGUUGAUAAACGAAGAAACUAUCUUUCCACAGGUAAGAUAAGUAAAUAUAUCUAGUAAAGCAUGUGUAUUUACAAACACGAUAAUAGAAUAACCUAUAUAAAAUACAUUUUAGGGCACCGACCACUCCUUGCUACUGAAGAUGCACCAUACCCACGCUGCUUCUGAACUCUACGUUCAGCCAAAGUCGGAUCUCAGUAGGUGCUUCGCUGUAAAACACUACGCAGCCACUGUCUUCUACAAUACCCAUGGAUUCAUUGACAAAAACAAAGAUACCCUCAGCCCUGACAUCAAGAGCUUAUUGGCAUCCAGUUCGUGCACUUUACUCAGUAACAUCAUGAAAGAGUUCGACACUACUACGACUGCGAAGCAAACUGUCACAACUACAUUCAAAAGGUCAGUAAAACGUUAUUGUUGAAGUAAAGUUAAGCUUAAUAGUGAAUAUUAGUAGAAAUGCCACAUUAAUGUAACUUUCAGGUCGCUAGACUCUCUGAUGCUACAUCUUGACAAUACCACGCCAUACUUCGUACGAUGCAUCAAACCAAAUGCAGGGCAACAGAAAGACGUAGGUAUUUAGGUAAUAAUGUUAAUACUGACACAACAUUUUAGAUGUUCAACCGAUCGUACGUGCUAAGACAACUUCGAUAUACCGGAAUGUUAGAUCUGGUAGUAACGAGAAACGCUGGGUAUCCUGUCAGAUUACCGUACAACAAGUUCGUCGACACUUUUCGUGGACUUUUACCAGGAAUACGUAAGUCGUCACAUGAAACGACACAAAAGGGCAUAAUAUUACAAGUAAUUAUAUCAAUAUUUAAGGCCCUUCAAGACGAGAAAACUGUAUUGAAGCAACUUCUCGGAUUCUGACAGUUAUCCUUGGUGAAGAAGCCGACUUUCAAUUGGGCAGAACCAAAGUAUUCAUGAAGCAGAAUGACUAUACCUACAUGGAGAAUGUAAGUUGGCAGCAAUCUAAACAAACAUCUGACCAAUGUAAUGUAUAAAUCAUUAACUGAAGUAAAAGAAUUUUCUACCAUAUAGAUGUAAACUAUUCAGGAACGUCACAAGAUGCUCACCUUCUACGUAGCGUCGAUUCAAAAGCACUUGAAGGGCUGGAUUCAGCGUCGACGCUACAAAGCCCAGAAACUGGCAGCCGUGACGAUUCAGAAGCACUGGAGAGGAUUCGUGCAGCGAAGCAAUUAUCACAAGGUAAGCAAUAUAAGAGUACAGGAUCUUUGAAACACAACCAAAAUUCAAUACAUUUAAUUUCAGAUUCUGAACGGUAUCGUGCGUCUGCAGUCUAUACUACGCUCCCACCAACUUGUCUUCAGAUUCACCCUACUGACCGAGUGUACCACGAGGUUACAAGUAAGUGAUAUUACAAGAUCAAAUACUGUUCAGGCGUUAUGUAGAGGGUACCUGGCUAGACAAAGAUUCCAAACUCUGAAGCUGCAGCCUCAGAACAGAGGGCCGGAGAAAAUUCCAGAAGAUCCCAUCGUGAAGUCAACGGUGCCUUCACGAUGCCACGAUGAGACUAAUUUCAGUUUCGAAAAGUUUGCUGUAGCCAACUUCUUGAAAGCAGAUUCAAAAUUCUUAAAAGAAGACCUACGCUACCCACUACUACAACAUAUGACAACUAUAGACAACGUUUGUUCACACGUACUGUGGAAACAGAUUCUGAGGUACGCAGAAGACUUGCCUGAAUCUGCCGUUGAAAGUAACAAAGUAAGCCGUUACUGUAACUUUAUUAGGAUCUUAAACUUUUGAAUACACCAGUUAACAUAAACAAUACAAAAUUGCAGGGCCAACAAAACAUCAUAGACAUAACAUACCAAGUACUCAACUCUACAGAGCUUAUAAUGAAUGAUGAUUACUGUAACGAAGGAUACCCUAACUACUUUGACAGGAAAUUCAACAAUAACGAAAGGAUUCAAGUCAUCAUUUCACACGGUAUCUUACGCCCAGAGUUACGGUAAGAGCGCUUGAUCACAAAAAUUCUUUGUACCAAUUACUUAUACUUACACCACCUUUUCAGAGACGAAAUCUAUUGUCAAAUCAUAAAACAGAUCAACGGAAACAACACUCCAUCCUCUUCAAAGUACUGGCAGCUACUGGCGUUAGUGUCCUCGUCAUUUCAACCUUCAGAAUCCCUGUUACCGUACUUGAACGACUUUAUAUCACAAUUCGCUUCAAUGUCACCAGCAUACCCAACUAUACACAAUCAUAUUGCCAAAUGCUACAGUAAAGGCACACGUCUACAACCGAUAUCAUCGUGUGAACUCAGCUCCAUCAGAAGCUACAAGCAGAUUCUCCUACCAAUCACCUUCUGCGAUGGCUCCACCCACCAAUUCAUCGUGGACAGCUACACGACGGCUCAAGAAUUAUGUUCUCAGAUCAUGACCAUGUUGGGGUUGAAAGACAAGUUCGGCUUCUCACUCUAUCUGUCCUUGAAUGAAACGGCUUCAUCGUUGGGAGCCAGCUCCGACUUCAUCUUCGACGCUAUCACGGUGUGCGAGCGAGAAGGCAUCAAGAAGGGGCAUCAGUACGAUAACAUACCAUGGCGACUGUUCUACCGCAAGGAAAUCUUCAGCCCAUGGCAUCAGAAUGUAGACACUGUCGCUUCUGACCUUAUCUACGAACAGAUAGUCAGAGGGCUUCGGUACGGUGAGUAUCAAUGUUCCAACGAGAAUGAGAUCGUGCUUCUGGCUACACAGCAGUACUAUGUUAUCAACAAUGGAGACGAGAUCGAUGUCAACAAGCUGGAGAGUGUCUUGUCUAACAUUUUGCCAAUCUCUACUACAAAGUCGGAACAAUUCCAUACAGAACCCUGGAUUCAGAAGAUCAUGAACACGUACAGAAAGGUAGGUAAUAGGGAUAAUUCUUUUUAAAGCUCUGAUAAAGCAAAAUAGAAAAAAUAUCGUAAUGAAUCGAUGUAACCUUAUAUAUUAACCAUGUUCAAUCCUCUCAGGCCUACAUGUUAUCAAACUUCACAUCCAACGAUGUCAAAUCUCAGAUCAUCGAUUUUGCCAGAAUAAAGUGGGCCUCUGCUUUCUCGAGGUUGUUCAAAGCUCAGAAGAUCAACAGUCUAGGUAUACCUGACGAGAUGGUGGUAAUAGCAAUAAACUCUGAGGUCGUGAACGUUGUCGACUACAAGAACGAAGUCAAAUGUGAAAUCACAUACGAUGAAAUCGAGAACAUCGUAGUCAAUCAGUAAGUUCCUUUUAAGCUGCUUACAAUAAUGAUAUCGGUUUAAACAUGACAUAACACGUCGAUUUAGACAUCUCAAUUCAAAUGUCAUCAAUAUUCAAACAGUAGAUGACGACGAGUUCAAGUUCCAGACCAAGAAUGCCGUCAACAUCAAGGAGCUGAUCAUAUUCUUCAUUAACGGAAUGAAGAAACGAUCAAAGUACAUGGUGGCACUUGAAUCUAUAGGUAAAAAGACAAAACAUGCCUACCACAAUAUUGUGAAUAACAUAGUUACACUGAAUUUCAUUAUAAAACAUGAAAAAAUGACUUCAGAAAACCGAAAGUUCCUUUCGUGUGAAAUGGGCGACGUUCUCUACAUGGAGAACCCGGAACAGCGAAAGAACGCUGUGCUGGUCGAAUGUGUCAACACCAAAGUAAACGAGAAGGGCAUUGUGCCAUUGAACAAAAUGAGGAUCCUAGCCACGCUCCGAGUACCAAGCCAGAAACUAGUCCAGCACUACAAACAACAGAACCAGUUCAGAAGCAAGCCUACGGAUGACAUUAACAAGGAACAGACAGUCAUCUUGUUCGACAACUGUUCCCUCAAACUAGUCCAUGUAGUCAAGAGUCACACGCUACAUGACUUUGCUACUACGCACUUUGUGUCGACAUCUGAUGUGUUAGUCAAGUACAAUGGCAUACCUAUCAACGAACCCCUUCUCAAGACGUCGCGGGUUUCAGAUGAGAUCAGGAAGAUGGCCAUCAAGAUGUAUCUGGAUGUGAUGAGGUUCAUGGGAGAUCUACCUUGGAGCCAGUCAAUUCAUAGUCUGGUGGAUGCCAUCUUUACCGGACCUGUCAAAAAUGUAAGGCUGAUCUGUUAGUCAACGGUCAUUACGCACUUAUUGUAACAGUAAUCUUAAAGUUCUACAAUAUUUAACCAUAACAUUUAUAUAAAGACGGAAGAGUAGUAAAGGUUUAUAAGAAUGCUUUCCUUACCAUAAUAUCAAUCAAUUUACAGGAGAUUCUGCGUGACGAACUCUACUGUCAGAUCGUAAAACAGAUAACUGAUAACCCGAACCCAGCUAGCGAGCAACACGGAUGGAAGUUGAUGUGGCUAGCCUUGGGUUUGUUCUCGCCUUCGAAAGAAUUAAACAAAGAAAUCGACCAAGUGUUUCGGUCGAAACAGACGGCCAAAAGCAGGGAAUGCCUUCUCAGAUUGAGCAAGAUCACAAGGUAGAACUAGCAUAUCUUAUAGAGUAUAAUAUUACUUACAUUCAAUAUCUAACUCUUUUCCAUUCUAGCGUGUACCAGCCUAGGAAAUGUCCUCCCCACUACGUGGAAGUGGAUUCUGUCCUAGCCAACAGAACCGAGAUCUUCCACAAGUUCCAUCUGCCCGACGGGUCUGGGGAGAUCAUCCAGAUCGAGAGCACCGACCAAUGUCAUCACAUAUGCGAGAAGAUAGCAAAGGCCAAGAACAUGAAGAGCAAAGGCUGUGCUGUCUUUGUCAAGAUCAACGAGAAGGUCAUGAGUCUGCCAGAGAAAGACUACAUCUUCGACUAUCUAAGAAUGUUGGGAGAACUUAUGAAGCCGACAGAGCCGAGAACAUUAACGUACAAGUUGCUCAUGAUGAAGAAGAUAUGGACUCACGUGAAUCCGGGAGAAGAUGUUAAUGGAGAUCUGGUGCUACAUUUCCCUCAAGUAAGUUAACAAUGAUAAUACCACUAAACAAAAUCAAGAAAACAUGUUGAAGUUGUUGUAAAAAACGAGUUAGAAAACCGUAGAAACCAUAGUUAUAAUUACAGGAAUUACCAAAGUACCUCAGGGGUUACUACGAUGUCCCAGAAGAAGACAUUACUCGCCUUGCUGCGCUCAUCCUGAGGGCCAAAACUAACGAGGAUUCAGAAAUACCUCUGAAACAUAUACCUACAGUCCUCAACGAAAUAUUACCCAGAGAUGUGGUGAAGAAACACAGCUCAAGUGAAUGGAAAAAGGUAUGAUCUGUCCUAAUUAGCCGUGAAAAGUUUUAAAAUAAUUAACCAGAUACUAUGUUAAGGUUGAUAAUGACAUAGUUAACUCAAUUUUUUCAGGCCAUAUCCAAGGAAUGUCUCAAACUACCAAAAAUGUCACACGAUGACGCCAAGGUGGCCUUCCUCAAGGUCUUAUAUAAACUUCCAACCUUUGGAUCUGCCUUCUUUGAAGUAAGUUUGAUAAAUUAAGAACUUUAACACGUUCUACACCCUCUUCACUAUCAUAUAAACAUAAAAUGAGUAUUAACGUCCCUUUUAACUUGAAAACCAACUAUAAUAAUACCUAAAAUCAUAAAUUCAGGUAAAACAAACCUCAGAUCCAAGUAUCCCAGCCAAAAUCAACCUAUCCAUCAACAAAACAGGCGUCAGCGUUUUCAACCCCGAAACCAAAUGUAUUAUAGUACAGUAUCCUUACAAUGGAAUUGUGAAUUGGACCGCGGGGAACACUUACUUUCAUAUGACAACGGGUAACAUGAUCAAAGGAGGUCGAUUGCUUGUCGAGACAACUUUGGUAGGUUCAGCUGAAAAUAUAAAAGUCUAUAUUGGUCUGUAACUUCGUAGAAGUAAAAUAUGUCAUCUGCUGUAAAAAGACCUAUCUUGCUUUAAGAUACCUAAAUACGCAACAUAGAAUCUAAAACACCUAAAACGAUAUCGUAUUUCAGGGAUACAAAAUCGACGAUCUUCUUUCAUCGUACAUUCAAACAAUCUGCGAUACAACGAUCACAAAACGACAAACCGCUUAG